AUGACCGACAACAUCCCCCUCACACAAGUGCGAACUGCAGGCUCUUCCACUGGUGGGGCACGAAGAGCCGGAGAAGGAAUACUGGCAGGAGGUUCAGAGAAUGAUUCGGGCAAAGAAGAUGAGAAGCAAGGAAUGUUUAGGAAAACAAUAGCCGGUCGAAGAAAAAUCCAUCCUUCAAGAAGGGGAACCAACGGGGAGGAGAUUUCUGUCAACGGCUUGGGCAGACUUUACAACACGAUCGUCAAUUUCUCCGUGGUUACUCGAUAUAUGCUCUAUGUUGCGCCUAUUGGUAUUAUACUCGCCGCACCAAUCGUCAUCUUCGCCAUCUUUUACCCAAAAGAGACUAUCGGAAAAAUGAAACUAUACUUGUUCUUCACUUGGAUUGAGAUCAUUUGGCUUAGUAUCUGGAUUUCUAAGCUAUGUUCCAAAGCCGUACCAUAUAUCUUCAUGUUUUUGUGUGGAGUGGUCAGCACUGGCGUACGCAAAUACGCAUCUAUAUUGAGAGCUUUAGAGAUUCCAUUAUCCUUAGUUGGAUGGGCCAUCACCAGCUUGGUUACGUUCACGGCGUUGACUACUAAGGAAUUAAACAAAAUUAACAACAAAGAUGGCAAAGAUUGGGAUGGUACCUUGGAUCCUUGGGUUAACACGAUGAAGCGUGUUCUGGUACCCACUCUGAUCGCUACAAUUAUACUCUUGGUAGAGAAACUCAUCGUUCAACUAAUUAGUGUCAAUUAUCACCGACGAUCUUUCGAUGGACGCAUCAAAGAAUCAAAGCAUCUCAUUCAAUUGCUCGGUCUCCUGUACGAAGCGUCCCGAACUUUGUUCCCCAUGUAUUGUCCAGAAUUUGCGGAAGAAGAUUAUAUCAUUAGUGAUAGCAUCGAAGCCGUCCUUCAAAAGACGAAUAGAAAAAUACUGGGUCAUGACAGGUCCGGCUCAAAUGCACCAAUGAAGUUUAUUGGCGAUAUUGGUCGUUUCGGUGACAAAGUUACCUCAGUAUUUGGGAACAUUGCAUCUGAGAUAACUGGAAAGCAAGUUUUCAACCCUAACUCUGCUCACUCCGUUGUUAUUGAAGCGCUCGAAAAGACUAAGUCUUCCGAGGCAUUGGCGAGACGUUUAUGGAUGUCUUUCGCCGUAGAAGGCAGGGACUCCUUAUCUGCAGAUGAUCUCGAGGAGGUUCUCGGUGCUGGUCGCAAAAUAGAAGCAGAGGAGAUCUUUGAGGCUUUGGAUAAUGAUGGAAAUGGCGAUAUCUCCCUCGACGAGAUGAUCAUGAAGGUAGUGGAUAUUGGUCGUGACCGAAAAUCAAUUGGAAAUAGUAUGAGAGAUGUUGGUCAGGCUAUUGGCGUUCUUGACCAGGUUCUACUCAUCAUUGUGCUUAUCAUUGUCAUUUUCGCCUACAUUGCUUUCCAAGAUACUGGUUUCCUUGCUACUCUGACAACAGCUGGUACAACUCUCUUGUCUUUAUCCUUCGUUUUUGCCGCCACUACUCAGGAGUUUCUCGGUUCUUGCAUCUUCCUAUUUGUCAAACAUCCCUACGAUGUUGGUGAUCGCGUUGAUAUUAGUUCCGAAUAUCUUGUUGUGGAACAGAUCUCUCUACUCUUCACUCUUUUCAAACGUGUCGACAAUAUGAAAAUGGUACAGGUACCUAAUAUCAUACUUAAUAACCUCUGGAUCGAGAACAUUACUCGUAGCAAAGCAAUGAAAGAACAACUCGACAUGUUCAUCUCUUUCGAUACUACCCUCGAGGAUAUUGAACUUCUUCGCACGGAGAUGGAGGCUUUUGUUCGUCACCCGGAUAAUUCUCGCGACUUCCAAUCCGAUAUUGUGUUGGAGGCCGUGGGUAUUGGUAAUAUGGAUAAGCUCCAACUAAAGGUCGAAAUUAGACAUAAGUCUAACUGGCAUAACGAGACGGUUCGUGCUGCUCGCCGCUCCAAAUUCAUGUGCGCUCUUGUUUUGGCUUUGCGCAAGGUUCCAAUCCACGCUCCCGGAGGUGGUGGAGAUGCUCUCGGUGGAGCUGCUAAUCCUAACUACUCGGUUGCUGUAACAGAUGACUGGGCCGCCGAAGCUCGGGAUAAGUCAUCAGCGACCAAAGAUUCAAAACGCCUUGUGCCUACGAAAUCUCUCAAGAAUACCAAUCCCGAUCUUGGUCCAAUAGACACCGAGGAAGAGGCAGCAGAGUCUUUAAAUGCACGACGCCCAGGAUUAGACUUCGCGCACAGUAAUAGUUACACCGACACCGAUAAUAUAUCGACCGUGGGAGAGGACAAUUCCAAUCACUACGGUAAUACAAGGACAUCUCUCAUGAAGAGAGCAAGCACCAGAGGUAGACGUAAGCCAGGAGAACAUGUAACACCGAACGCAUUUCAAUCAUCCCCUGGUUUUAGUGUUACAAUAGACGGACCCUCGGUACCAGGACCUCAUGGAAAUCCAUUUAUGAACGAAGGUUCCCCACCGUCUUCUACCGAAUAUAACUCGUCAUAUGGUAGUGGAAGUGGUUUUCAAACAUAUGGUCAGCUAGGACGCAAUACAUCCGUCGCUUCAACUAGAAGUCAAAAUGUUGGAGGCGAGGGAGCUGGAAUUCCACCAACUUCACUAUACCCGUCAUAUCCAGGAGGACAACAGCCUACUGGUGUAGCUUCAAAUCCCGCAGCCAGCACAUCACAAGCUGCAGCUGGUCGGAAUUUAGUUGGCGGCGUACCAGCAAACCGAACGAGGAGUGGAACUGCAAGUGGUGGUCGAGCACAUACUGAGGAGGAAGAAGAGUAG